GGUGUUUCACUCCUGUACAAAUUUUUUGUUAUAGCCGGCUUUCCCAUUUCUUUAGUAUUUUCCUUUCUUUUUGGAGAACAAAACUUUUAACAUAUCUAUCAUUCUUUAUCAUACCUGCUAAAAACAGCCAUUUUAGAGUAGGAUGACAUCAGAAAUAAUAGAAGAGAAGGAAGAAGAAAAUGAUUGCUUCAUCAAUAGAAAAGCUCAAAAGGAAAGGAUUAGACAGAUAAUAGAGUAUCAAAAAUCAUUAUAUUGGUCUUCAUCAUCAGCAACAGCUGCUGCUUCCUCUUCCGCAUUCUAUACGUCUAAUAAAAGUGGGAUAUUGCUAGACUUGAUGAAAAAUGGAAACACUUCUCUCAGGAGAUUAUUUGAGAUGGAGCAUACUAGUUUAGCUACCCAUUUUCAAGAUUAUAGUGGCUCUCCUGUUAUAAAGACGAUACCUCUUUGGGGCAGUAGCGAAACGGAUGAUGAAAUUCAUGAUUCGUGGGCAGAAAUCAAACAGAUUGGUGCCUUCAAAGGUCUUGGAAAUGAUGGAGUCAGUAACUUCGCUUCAGAUGGUAGUUUCUUGGCCAGAGAGUUUGGAUUCAAGGAUAAAAAUAUGACUAUAGGCAGCAAGAGGCGCAAGUUGACGAGAAAGAAGUCAUUUAGAAGAUUGCCAGGAUUUUGGUUAUGGAGAUGCAGAAGAUUUAAAUUCAUAUUCGGGUUGAGAUUGAAAAGACUUAGCGUUAUGAUAUGUGGUAAAAUUUUCUGAGAUUGGAUUGUAAUUAACAUUUUGA